AUGGCAAUUUUUUCUCGUCAAUUUCUAAUUUAUUUAAUUUCUACCAUAUUAAUUGCUCAAUGUGCUUUUUCGUUUGAAAGUCGAGAAGCUGCUAUCAAUGUUUUUAAUCGUCGAGAUACUAAUGGAACCUUGUUGUGCAAUGGCAAUGCGGACAUUUGUGAUUUGCGCUUUAAUCAAGUUACGCACGCAGGCACCCAUAAUAGUAUGGCGUAUAAUCUUCACUUCGAUUGUCAAAAUACCGUGCGGAAUUGUCUCGAUUCCACGAGUAUUUGUUUAAAGCAACACACAGAUUGUUUAGCUUCCUAUGAGGUACAUUGCGAAGCUUCAACCGACAUUUGCAAACAACGUAAUCCCAAGCUAUUACAUUGGAUGUGUGAUGGCUUUAAUGCAAUAUGUAAAAGAUCCGAUGCCGCAAUUUGUUCUGCAUGGCUUGCCUUAUGUACUGACAGCUCGAAGGUGUGUAAUGUCUGGGGAGAAGCAUGCGAAGAUACGGUCCCAGACUGGGUGAUUGAAUGUUUUUGGGAAAAUCAUCCUGGUCAUGAUAUACCUACCCAAUUAAGAGAUGGUAUCCGAUUAUUGGAUCUGGACACAUGUCAAGUAGAAGAUAAGGUAGUGUUGUGUCAUGGAAUGGGAUUAGCACGAGCACUUGGCGAUGAACUUGAUCUGGUAUUUAAACAAAUCCGCAAUUUUAUGGUGGCAAAUCCCAAUGAGGUUAUCUCCCUGGAAUUUGGUGAUAUUGAUGGAAAUGCGACAUUAAUGGGUGAUUACAUUCAAAAGAAAUUGGAACAAUAUUUUGUUAAUGAAACUGGACACUCGAUGCUCUUCUCACUAUCAUUAAACAAUAACACUUGGCCCACUCUACGCCAAAUGAUUGAGACGGAUCAACGAAUAAUUAUUUGGUACAGUUACCUUUAUGAUUCGACCCCAAAUCGUCGACCAUGGAUUCAUAAUGUAUGGAAUUGGUAUACCGCCUCUUAUUCUUAUACCGCUGAUGAUAUGACUGCCGCUCAAUUGAACAAUAGUUUUACUGAAUAUUGUGACAAUGCAAAUGCAAAACAAACCAUCAAUCAUGAUAUGUUAACAUAUGGACGUGUACUUUGGCAAACCAUGGAUCAAACGGUGGGACUUGUGUUACCACAAGUAGAAGACGCUAUAAAAAACAAAACUAACCCUGGAUACAUAUGCUUGAAACAAAUGGCCGAAGCAGUAAACUUUGAUUUACUCGAUUAUGUGGCCAAUAUAUGUUAUCCAGCGUUUCCCUAUGUCUAUCGUGUUCGUUUAGAUUGGUAUUGGCGUAGUAAUCUCUUCGAGGUCGUGAAACGAUUCAAUGAGAUGAAUGUGGCGCGAGUGAAAAGUGGAGAUAUUCUCACUCCGGAAUGUCACGUACAAGUUCAGACGGCGAAAUUCGAAUGGAAGAUAUAUGUCCCGCUGGCGGGAUACAUGACAUGGGCUAAGAAAAAAUGGACAUGCUCAGACUAUGUUUCUGCUUGUUACUGUUGUCCUUGUUAUUUACUAAAGGAGAUAUUUUGUGGUUGGUGUUAUAGAAAUCCCGCUUCUGAUGAUUUUGACGGAAUUGGAUGUAGGCCUACAGGCCCAGAAACCUGUUCAAAAUGCGGACAGACACCUAAGCAAGUAAAAGAUGCAGCAGCAUUACAAGUAUUCAAUCAACAUCCUGGCGAUACUAAUCGAAUUUCAUCAGCACCACAAUUACCAGCACUUUCUUACGUUGGCACACCACAAAUGAGGCAUCCUACAUCACAACAACAGGAACAAAGACGAAGUUUUGAAAAUAGAAAUUUAUAUGUUGGUGGACAAAAUCAGUCUAAGAAUAAUAUAAGUAAUAAUGGAGGAAGGAAAAGUAUGGAAAAUCAAAAUCACAAUACUCGUCGGAAUUAA